AUGUCCAGACUAUCGUCAGUGAACGACGACAAAAAUAACUCGUCACAAGAGGAUGGCACUCUACAUCGCCCCAGCAUUUCAGGCCGCCAGCGAGAAACCCGCACGGUAGACGGUAAAGAAGUGGAGAUCCACACCUGGGAUGGCACAGACGACAAAGACAAUCCCUUCAACUGGUCGCCAACGUACAAAUGGUUCGUGACAGUUACUGUAUGUUUCGUCUCGAUCUUGACGGGUUUGCCUGCCGGUUCGUAUGGAUCAGGCAACGACUGGAUGUCACCUCUGUGGAAUGUGCAGAACGAUCCGUUCCCGAACCUGUACUGGGCGACAACGAGCUGGAACAUGGGCGCUGCCCUAUUUCCACUGCUGUUUGUACCGCUGACCGAGAACACCGGUCGUAUGCCCGGAUAUUUCAUUGGCUACAUCGUCUUCGAGCUCUUCCUUUUCGGCUCUGCCUUUGCCGACAACUUCGCUACUAUUGUUGUGACUCGGUUCUUCGGGGGCGGCGCAUCUUCAGUCGCCAUCAACAUCGUCGGUGGCAGCAUCAGUGACAUUUGGAAAGGCGACAAGGCCCGCAGCCUGCCCAUGUCGCUGUUCGGAUUCACCAGCGUGGCUGGCAUCGCGCUGGGUCCCUUUGUGGGCAGUGCGAUUGUGCAGAUCCGCAAGCCGAGUGUUGGGCUCGAGUCACCAUGGCGAUGGAUCUACUACAUUCAAAUCAUCUACAAUGCGGCGCUAAUCCCUGUCUUCUGGCUCAUCCUUCGCGAAACGCGGGGCGACGUCAUUCUGAAGAAACGUGCGCAGAAACUGCGCAAGCAAACGGGCCGCGCAAUCUACGCCGAAUCUGAACUGGACAAGCCGUCUGUUGGGCAGCUGCUCAAGGUAUCGUUCAUGCGCCCGACCAAGAUGCUUGUCUCAGAGCCCGUCGUCACCUUCUUCACACUGUGGAUCUCGUUUGCGUGGGGCAUCCUGUUCCUCUUCUUCAGCUCCGUGGUGCAAACCUUCGGCGACAGCUACGGCUUUGGUAUCUUCCAAACCGGUCUUAUUCAGCUCGCCAUCACCGUCGGCGCCGUCAUCGGCACUCUCAUUAACCCGCUGCAGGAUUGGAUGUACCUGCGCACCGCGUCCAAGAACGACGAAAGAGCCGGUAAACCGAUUCCUGAAGCACGUCUGUACACGAGCAUACCCGGCUCUCUCCUCUUUACAGCAGGGCUUUUCAUCUACGGUUGGACGUGCCGACCGAGCGUGCAUUGGAUCGUGCCUGCGAUCGGCAUUACCAUUGUCGGCGUGGGAAUCUACUCCAUCUACAUGGGCGUAGUCAACUACCUCACCGAUGCUUACGAGAAAUACGCCGCCUCGGCCCUAUCCGCCGCUUCGCUCGGCCGCAACACCUUCGGCGCCUUUCUCCCACUCGCAUCGGGUCAGCUCUUCUCCACGCUCGGUUUCGGCUGGGCGGGCAGCUUGCUCGGCUUCAUUGGCCUCGCGCUGAGCGUCGUGCCCGUCGUGUUGCUGUUCAAGGGCAAGGACAUCCGAGCCCGCAGUCCGUUUAUGCUCGAUAGUACCUUUGAUGACAGUGAGGGCCAGAGUAGGAAGGAAAGCUAUAGCAAGCCCAAGGGCCGCAGUGGAGGGGAGAAGGAAGUCUAG